AUGACGGAAAUGCCCUCGUACAGUGCUGAAAACCCUAAUCUCGAGCCUAUUAAGGCCAAGAAACAAUACAACAUAUACUCUUCCCUGUUCCCUUUCCUCUUAUCGAUCUUAACCUACAUUUUGAUCUUCUACGUACUUGAUGUGUCUCCUUUUUCGAUCUUCAACGACACAAAGAUCUUGUUCUUCAUCUCAAACGCCCUUAUUCUUAUCAUAGCAGCAGACUACGGUGUGUUCGCUGAGAGAGAGAACCACGACUUUUACGGAGAGUACACGGCCGCGAUGAGAAUUGACCCUAGACGGGAACACUCGGGCUAUGAGAUGGGUUUGGUGGAAGUAACCAUGAAACGUGAGAAACAAGAAAAAGCAGUUAGAGGGAAAGAACCAACACGAUAUCUGCUUCAUAAAGAAGUGGAAGUUCCUGAGAAGACCUUACAAGUCGUAAGCGAGAACAAACUUAUCGAAAAACACGAGCCGGCGACAGAGCGGAACAGUCAUAAAACCAUUAGUAAAAGAGAAACUUGUGAUGCAAGAAAUCUGGUGAGCCCUAAACCGUACGGGAGAAGCAAAUCGGACAAAGCACGCUCAGAACGUCGUCAUCGAGAGACCAAACAUGGACCUAAAAGCUACGGUCGAAGCAAAUCUGAGGAUAGCUCGAGAUGGAUGGUCGUUCACAAGUGGAAGAAGGCUAAUGAGGAGGCGGAGGAGAAGUGGGAGAAUGUUAGUGAAGAGUCAGAAGAAUUCGCGAAGAUGUCGAACGAGGAGUUGAAUAGACGAGUUGAAGAUUUCAUCCAACGGUUCAACAGAGAUAUCAAACGACAAAAUUUUGUCUAA